CUCUCAUGACAGAGAAUGCUCCAGAAGACAACGGGAGAAGCCAGUUGCUAUAGGGCUUUCUCCCUUUUCUCCCCUAAGCCUUCAGGCAGGCGUGCAGGACUACAAUGACAGCUACAACCCUAGCCAGCUGUGGACAGAAACUUUCUAAUACCAAAGAGGAAAGGAAGUUAAGAAAACCUUUGAUUGAAAGGAAGCGAAGAGAGAGGAUUAACAAUUGUUUGGACCAGCUCAAGGAAACAGUUGUUGGAGCCUUUCGGCUUGAUCAAUCAAAACUUGAAAAAGCAGAUAUCUUGGAAAUGACAGUAAAACACCUACAGAAUAUCCAACAGAACCGAAAUAUAGAUUCUAAAAUGGGUCUUGAAGCUCAGCAGAGGUACAGCACGGGAUAUAUUCAAUGCAUGCAUGAAGUCCACAACCUCCUCCUGACCUGUGACUGGAUGGACAAGACACUUGGAGCACGAUUAUUGAACCAUCUAUUGAAAUCCUUGCCCAAAUCCAAUGAGGAGACUUGCAAGGUGGACCUGAACUCUUCCACUCCAGUGAAUGGCAAGGGAAAUACAACAGGGUCUAGCCAAUCUCAGGAUCAGUUGUAUCCAACUGAAGUCAAACUGGGAUUGAAAAAAUCAUUUCAGUCACAACCAUCAUCUCGAUGUAAUCAGCAUGAGUUGCCACAUCCCAGGGAGAAUUUGCAACGUCAUUUUGCACAUAAUGGUGUUAACAUGGGGUCAUUGGAUAUGUGGAGACCAUGGUAAAAAUAUCUUGGGGGAAAAUUAUUUCUAAUCUUAGACUCUCUUUUAUAUAUAUCUUAUAGAUAUGUCUCUUUAAAACACUUUUUGGAGCAAGUCUGCUCCUGUAGGUGUACUAAAGACCAGGGUACUUCAAGCCGGAGGAAAUCUCUAUGUAGCCUGCAUUGUACAAGGCUGCUAUUCUAUUGUAUUUAUUGAAUACAUCUAAAUUAUUUUACAGAAUCUUCUCUGGGGCUGCCUAGUAUACAAUAUAUGACAUAUAAUAUUCC